UAAAUCUGGUACACUGAUGCUCCACAGUUUCCCAACAAAACCUACUCAGCUUCACAAACCCCCAUCGUUUUUCUUCUGUCUUUUCUCUCCCAUUACAGAAUAUUAGAUUGCAUAGACCUCUCCUGAUUAAACCCUAGCAAAAGCUAUAACCUAAAAUUCUCUUUCUUUUUCUCUUUCUUUGUUUUUUUUUUUUACCAAUUUUGUCUCAGCUGGAAAACAAACACAAACACAGCUAUAGCUAGUCCCCCGCCAUGAAAGUACCGGAAAACGACCCAAUCUCACUCGCCACCCACCUGGUCUCUUCUCUCUCCCAAGAAAUACCAACCGUUUCCAACUUCAAAGGCAAAUGGGCUUUGAUCAAUGACAAGCUCGCCGAGCUCAAAACUCAACUCGCCGAUUUUUCCGAUUGUCCCACCUCUGUUUCCAACCCUCUGUCUCUCGAGCUCCUCCGUUCUGUUUCCCUCACCCUACAUGACGCCGUUUCGCUAUCCAAGAAAUGUCAGAGCCCUAGUUUAUCGGAAGGCAAGCUCAGGACUCAGAGCGACGUUGACUCCGUUCUGGCUAAGCUUGACAAGCACGUGAAGGACGCCGAGAUCUUGAUCAGGAGCGGAGUUCUCCAAGACGGCACCGUUUCCGGCUCCUCGUCGUCGUCGAAGAGGGAGGCCGUACGGGCUGAGUCGAGGAAUUUGAUAACGAGGUUGCAGAUUGGGAGCGCCGAAGCUAGAAACUCGGCGAUGGAUUCGCUGCUGGGGCUUCUCCAGGAAGACGAUAAGAACGUGAUGAUCGCCGUCGCUCAGGGAAUCGUUCCGGUGCUCGUCCGGUUGAUGGAUUCUUCGAGCUCGCCGGAGAUGAAGGAGAAGACCGUCGCUGCGAUUUCUAGGGUUUCGAUGGUGGAUAGCAGCAAGCACGUCUUGAUCGCCGAAGGUCUGUUGCUUCUCAACCAUUUGCUCAGAGUUCUUGACUCCGGAAGUGGAUUCGCCAAGGAAAAAGCCUGUAUUGCCCUCCAAGCUCUCAGCUUUUCCAAAGAGAACGCGAGGGCAAUUGGGUCCAGAGGUGGGAUUUCGUCGCUGUUAGAGAUUUGCAACUCCGGUACGCCCGGUUCGCAAGCGUCGGCGGCUGGGGUUUUGAGAAAUCUCGCUGCUUUUUCCGAAAACAAAGAGAAUUUCAUAGAAGAAAAUGGGGUUUUUGUUCUUUUGGGGCUUGCUGGUUUGGGAACUGUGUUGGCCCAAGAGAAUGCAAUUGGGUGUUUGUGCAAUUUGGUUUGUGAGGAUGACCAUUUGAAGCUUUUGGUUGCUAAAGAAGGUGGGAUUGAGUGCUUGAAAAAUUUCUGGGACUCAGCUUCCUCUGUUCGGAGUCUUGAGGUUGCUGUAGACCUGUUGAGGCACUUGGCUUCGCGACAACCCAUUGCUGAAGUUCUUGUCUCUGAUGGAUUUGUAACGAGGAUUGCAGGGGUGUUGAAUUGUGGUGUAUUGGGGGUGAGAAUCGCAGCGGCUCGAGCAGUUUACGAGCUCGGAUUCUGCACGAAAACGAGAAAGGAAAUGGGUGAAUGUGGAUGCAUUGCUUCUUUGAUCAAAAUGCUGGACGGUAAAGCUGUUGAAGAAAAAGAAUCAGCUGCGAAGGCAUUGUCCAAUUUGAUGUUAUUUACUGGUAAUAGAAGGAUUUUUCGAAAAGAUGCAAAGGGGAUAUUAUGUGCUGUUCAACUUUUGGACCCUUCGAUUCAGAAUUUGGAUAAGAAAUACCCUGUUUCGGUAUUGGCUUCGCUUGUACAUUCAAAGAAGUGUAGGAAGCAGAUGGUUGCUUCAGGUGCAUGUGCUUAUUUGCAGAAACUUGUUGAGGCGGAUGUGGAGGGGUCUAAGAAACUCUUGGAAAGCCUCGGUCGUGGUAAGAUAUGGGGUGUUUUUGCCAGACUUUAACAAUGAAGAAAAAGUUUCAAAUCAUCCAUGGUAUAGGAACAGGAAGAUGAUUUAUUGAUCUGUAUGUAAAAUAUUUGUGCUUACGGUUAGUUUUCGUUUUUGCAUUUUUUUUUUUUUUUUAAAAUUUAACUUCCUUGUUGAUAGUUGUUGUUUGUUGUUGUAGGAAAAUGUGUUUAGCUUUAUUUAUUUAUUUAUUUUUAUCAAAACAUGUAGAGACAUGGUGUAGGUUUGGUUAUCCAACUGGGUUGGACUCUGUUUUUUUUCCACCCGGAACCCCAAUAAUGUAUUUGAUAUUGCUGCCUGUUGUGUGAGCUUUAUAUUAAAGUUGUACACUAAAUUGAAUUGAAUUGAAUGGACAAAGUAUCAGACCUUUGAUGAAGAUUAAACA